GCCGCGGACCCAAGAUGGCGGCGUGUGGACGUGUACGGAGGAUGUUCCGCUUGUCGGCGGCGCUGCCGCUGCUGCUGCUGGCCGCGGUCGGGGCCGAUGAGCUCCGCUUUCCAGUCGGCCACAGUCAGGGCCAGGGCCCUGGGGGCAACAUUAUGGGCUUUGGAGCGCAGGCUGGAGGCGGCGGCCCAGUGGGUCAGCAGCUGCCUCUGGCACCGCAGCUCCAGCAGCAGCAAGCACAGGCACAGCAGCAGCAAGCACAGGCGCAGCAGCAACAGCAGCAGCAGCUACCUCGGCAGCCACAGCCGCCCUUCGCGGCGGGUGGGCCUCCGGCUCGGCGGGGAGGAGCGGGGCCCGGCGGGGCCGGCGGCGGCUGGAAACUGGUGGAGGAAGAGUCUUGCCGGGAGGACGUGACCCGCGUGUGCCCCAAGCAUACCUGGAACAACAACCUGGCGGUUCUCGAGUGCCUGCAGGACGUGAGAGAGCCUGAAAAUGAAAUUUCUUCGGACUGCAAUCAUUUGUUGUGGAAUUACAAGCUGAACCUAACUACAGAUCCCAAAUUUGAGUCUGUGGCCAGAGAAGUUUGCAAAUCCACCAUAUCUGAGAUUAAAGAAUGUGCCGAUGAGCCAGUUGGGAAGGGGUACCUGGUCUCCUGCCUUGUGGAUCACCGUGGCAACAUCACUGAGUACCAGUGUCACCAGUACAUCACCAAGAUGACGGCCAUCAUCUUCAGCGACUACCGCCUAAUCUGUGGCUUCAUGGAUGACUGCAAAAAUGACAUCAACAUUCUGAAAUGCGGCAGCAUUCGGCUUGGGGAAAAGGAUGCACAUUCACAGGGUGAAGUGGUGUCAUGUUUGGAGAAAGGCCUGGUGAAAGAGGCUGAGGAGAAUGAACCCAAGGUUCAAGUGUCUGAACUAUGCAAGAAGGCGAUUCUUCGCGUGGCUGAGCUGUCCUCCGAUGACUUUCAUCUGGACCGGCAUUUGUAUUUCGCUUGUCGAGAUGAUCGUGAACGUUUUUGUGAAAAUACACAAGCUGGUGAAGGCAGAGUGUAUAAGUGCCUAUUUAACCAUAAAUUUGAAGAAUCCAUGAGUGAAAAGUGUCGUGAAGCUCUGACAACGCGGCAGAAGCUGAUCGCCCAGGAUUACAAAGUCAGCUACUCACUGGCCAAGUCCUGUAAGAGCGACCUCAAGAAAUACCGGUGCAACGUGGAAAACCUGCCUCGCUCCCGGGAGGCCAGGCUCUCCUACCUGCUCAUGUGCCUGGAGUCGGCUGUGCACAGAGGGCGGCAGGUAAGCAGUGAGUGCCAGGGGGAGAUGCUGGAUUACCGACGCAUGCUGAUGGAGGACUUUUCUUUGAGCCCUGAGAUCAUCCUAAGCUGCCGGGGGGAGAUUGAACACCACUGUUCCGGAUUACAUCGCAAAGGACGCACCCUGCAUUGUCUAAUGAAAGUUGUUCGAGGCGAAAAGGGAAACCUUGGGAUGAACUGCCAGCAGGCGCUCCAAACACUGAUUCAGGAGACUGACCCCGGGGCCGAUUACCGCAUUGAUCGAGCUUUGAAUGAAGCCUGUGAAUCUGUGAUACAGACAGCCUGCAAACACAUACGAUCCGGAGACCCAAUGAUCCUCUCGUGCUUGAUGGAGCAUUUGUACACAGAGAAGAUGGUGGAAGAUUGUGAGCACCGUCUCUUGGAGCUGCAGUACUUCAUCUCCCGAGAUUGGAAGCUGGACCCCGUCCUCUACCGCAAGUGCCAAGGAGAUGCUUCUCGCCUUUGCCACACCCACGGCUGGAACGAGACCAGUGAACUCAUGCCUCCUGGCGCCGUGUUCUCCUGUUUGUAUAGACACGCCUACCGCACCGAAGAGCAGGGAAGAAGGCUCUCUCGUGAGUGCCGUGCUGAAGUCCAGAGGAUCCUGCACCAGCGGGCCAUGGACGUGAAACUGGACCCGGCCCUGCAGGAUAAAUGCCUGAUUGACCUGGGGAAGUGGUGUAGUGAGAAGACAGAGACGGGGCAGGAGCUUGAGUGCCUCCAGGACCACCUGGAUGACUUGGCUGUGGAAUGCAGAGAUAUAGUCGGCAACCUCACCGAGCUAGAGUCCGAGGAUAUUCAAAUUGAAGCCUUGUUGAUGAGAGCCUGUGAGCCCAUCAUUCAGAACUUCUGCCAUGACGUGGCAGAUAACCAGAUAGACUCAGGGGACCUGAUGGAGUGUCUGAUUCAGAACAAACACCAGAAGGAAAUGAACGAGAAGUGUGCCAUUGGAGUCACCCACUUCCAACUGGUACAGAUGAAGGACUUUCGGUUCUCUUACAAGUUUAAGAUGGCAUGCAAGGAAGAUGUGUUGAAACUUUGCCCCAACAUAAAAAAGAAGGUGGACGUGGUGAUCUGCCUGAGUACCACCGUGCGCAACGACACUCUGCAGGAGGCCAAGGAGCACCGAGUGUCCCUCAAGUGCCGCAAGCAGCUCCGUGUGGAGGAGCUGGAGAUGACAGAGGACAUCCGCCUGGAGCCAGAUCUGUACGAGGCCUGCAAGAGCGACAUCAAAAACUACUGCUCCACUGUGCAGUAUGGCAAUGCACAGAUUAUUGAAUGCCUUAAAGAAAACAAGAAGCAGCUGAGUACUCGUUGCCACCAGAAGGUGUUCAAGCUACAGGAGACAGAGAUGAUGGACCCGGAACUGGACUACACCCUCAUGAGAGUCUGUAAGCAGAUGAUAAAGAGAUUCUGUCCAGAAGCAGACUCUAAAACCAUGCUGCAGUGCUUAAAGCAAAAUAAAAACAGUGAACUGAUGGACCCCAAGUGCAAGCAGAUGAUCACCAAGCGUCAGAUCACCCAGAAUACAGAUUACCGCUUAAACCCCGUGCUGAGGAAAGCCUGUAAGGCCGACAUACCUAAAUUCUGUCACAGUAUCCUGACGAAGGCCAAGGACGAUUCAGAGCUGGAAGGCCAGGUCAUCUCCUGCCUAAAGCUGCGGUAUGCCGACCAGCGCCUGUCUUCAGACUGUGAAGACCAGAUCCGAGUCAUCAUCCAAGAGUCGGCCCUGGACUACCGGCUGGAUCCCCAACUCCAGCUGCACUGCUCAGAUGAGAUCUCCAAUCUCUGUGCGGAAGAAGCAGCAGCCCAAGAGCAGACAGGCCAAGUGGAGGAGUGUCUCAAAGUGAACCUGCUCAAGAUCAAGACGGAAAUGUGCAAGAAGGAAGUGUUAAACAUGCUGAAGGAGAGCAAAGCAGACAUCUUUGUGGACCCUGUUCUUCACACAGCCUGUGCUCUGGACAUUAAACACCACUGCGCAGCCAUCACGCCCGGCCGUGGGCGCCAAAUGUCCUGCCUCAUGGAGGCGCUGGAGGACAAGCGUGUGCGGCUGCAGCCCGAGUGCAAGAAGCGCCUCAACGACCGGAUCGAGAUGUGGAGCUACGCUGCCAAGGUGGCCCCGGCCGACGGCUUCUCUGACCUUGCCAUGCAAGUGAUGACGUCACCAUCCAAAAACUACAUCCUGUCUGUGAUCAGUGGCAGCAUCUGUAUUCUGUUCCUGAUUGGCCUCAUGUGCGGACGCAUCACCAAGCGAGUGACACGGGAGCUGAAGGACAGGUAGAGUCGCCGUGACCCCAGAGGAACUGCCUGUGCAGAGCCCGUUUGUACAGCCCUCCUGUAUAGUGUCCCCGCUCGCCUCGUGCCUCUCGGAGGUGACACCACACCCACGGUAGAGCAGCAGCAGGCAUCCACCGCGCCGCCCCGUCCAGAUCUGCCGUGUCUGCCGUGCCUCCUCCUCCUCGGCCCCCGGUGCAGCCUCGGCAGCUGGCCGCUCAGUGACUGCCUUUGCUGGUCGACUCCAGUGUCCCUGCCUGUAGACGCGUCUCGCCCACAGAUGGCCAGGACUUCCAGCCCCAGCUCACUGACCUGCAACUCAAACGCUUUUUUUUAAACCCACAAAAAGGAGAAAGCAGUUUUUUGGGAAAGGAGAACACGUGUGCAGUGAGGCUCUUCCUCCUGUGUAACUGUGAUAUGAAGACAGGUCAGGAGGGAGAGACGCCAGACAGUAGGAAGCCACUGCCCAGGCUGCCGCUGCAGGAGUGAUGUUUCCUGUUCCCAUGCCACAGGGCCCUGCAGGGCACAGCCACACGGCCACGGGUGUUCCUGUGAUCUCAUCUCAGUGGAGCAAAGCACAAGCCCCCUUUUGCCAAGGGCUCGUAGGACAGGAGGGCAUCAGAAGUUUGCAAAGCUGGAUGAGGCUGGGCAUCCAUCAUGCUGCACCCAGAUGCUAGGAUCCAAGUACCCAGAAACUUCCUCCCCCAGAACUCAGUCACCUCGGAUCAGCCCCAUGGAAGUCCCCUGCCUCAGCCUGAGGUGUGACUGGGGAGGGGAUGCGGUGCAGGCAGGAAGAACAGGGCUCUGGCUGCCUGCUGCGACAGUACUGGUCAGAGGCAGCGGCCUUGAGGGGCUCAGGGUGGGCUCGGCGUGCAGCCAGCGGGCAGCCUGAGCUCUGCACACUCCAGGCAAACUCCCCCGACAAGCUCCUCCGGGCCUCUUCAAGGAGAGUGUGUGCAAGUUCCUACAUUAAAACAUGGAGGACUUUUCUCCGGUUUUUUCUUUUUGUCGUCUGCUGCGUGUGAGUGUUCUGGUAGGCUUUGGCUCCAUGUUGUCCGUUGGUGGUCCAUUGCUCUCUUCUAGAAGCCAUGCUCCAGAGGGGCAGUAUUGCUGACCAUCAGGCCUGGGGUAUGUGGGGGGCGGCAGCAGCAGCAGCGUGUCCAGGUGGGCAUGUCUUCGCCCAAGUGGGACCGUUACAGCCAGGGGCUGCACAGAACGACAUGUACAGUAGGAGAUAUAUUUAUAUAAUAUAUAUUUUAUUAACCUGUUAGAUGUCCACAAAGUAUUAUAAAUCACGUGCCUACAACUGUCCCCACACCACAGCCUGUGCACGGGGCCCUUCCCUCUGCUCCCCGAGAGAGGCCCGUGGAGCUGGCUGUGUUCCCCACAGUGGAUCCAGCACGAGGGGCAGCUGCUCCAACUGCCUCCCUCCUACCUGAUUGACAUCUGUUUGGGUUCUGUGUUUUUCUUCCUUUCCUUUCUCCUUGGCUGCCUUUCCUGGAGGCACUGCAUUCCAGGAGCCACCUGUGUAUCUGCCCAGGGCAGUCUGAGCCUCCAGGGGGAGCUGCAGAGCCCCGGGCACCCACGGUCAAGCUCUUAGGCCUUUCUAACUCUGCGCCCACGCUGGGAUUCUCUAACCACUUACAACUUGAACCACAUGACAUGUGUGCAACACACCCAUCCCACCUGCUUCUGGGGUGCCCCUCUAGGUUGGUUUGGGAUGCUGAAGCUUCAGCACGAGUGCUGUGAGUGUGCUACAAGAGCAGGUGCCCCAUGGUUGGCAGGACAGGGUUCAGGUCUGCCACCUCUGCCAUGUCCCAUGUUUCUGUUCUUUCACCUGAGCAAAAAGCCUGCUAGCUGUCCGCAGUAGAUGUGAAAAGUAUGAUGAUUUUGGUUUGUGGGAUAUCUGUUGCCUUUAGAAGCAGUUGGGAUAGAAAGAGUCCCACUGUGGUGUCUUCAAAUAGCUGUUGUCCCCGUGGAGGAGGUCCCGUGAUGGGCCCUUGGGCGCUCCCGGGCAGAAACCUGAACUUCCUUAGGUCUAGGUGACCUGGCACCAUCUGCACCCACAGCCCAGCCAAGAUUGUUGUGCAUCUGCAUCUCAUUUGCAUAAUGGGCACGUGGGGUCCUGACCCUGGUGUCCUAGGUCCACCUGGGUGCUCGAGAACCACCUGCUUGAGAGCCCUGCCCCAGGUGCACGAGCCGAUGGUGGACCCUGACCCUUGCCUUGAUUUCUUCAGAUGUGGGAGCUGGUCAUGAGGUUUUGCCAAGGUCAGGGCUUCACGCACUUGUUGAAGGACAGUAGCAGCUCCCUGUCCUGUGGCCUCACCGCUGGCUAGGGACUCCUCGCCAUCGUGAGUUCCACCACCCGCCAAAGUCCCAGGAGCCCGGGCUGCUGCCUGGAGGCGGUGCAGGGUGGCUGCUCAGAAGCCUGGAUCCCGUAUCAGGGACCAAAUCAGCUGCUCCUGCUGCACAUGUGACCCUGGAGCCUGACCUUCACCUUGGCACACCCUGAUCUUCACUGCCGCUGUCCCAAGACGAGUCUGCAGGCUAGAUGUGCAAACAGGGAGCCACAGCACAGGCCAAGGUUCACACCCAUCCUUGCUUCUGUCCUCGGAAGCUGGGGACAUCCUCACGCUGCUGACAAGCAAGUGUUACCUCACGUCUCUGCCCUCACUUCCUCUGAGAGGUCCAGGAGACGCCGCUUCCCUGAAAGAUGCCCCGAAGGCUGCUGUCAGAUUUCAUUUCUUCCAAAUUAUGCAGAACCCAGUGGUGAAGAUGUCCACAUUGGUACCUUACCAGCCAAGGAGAAAGGGGGUGUGGACAGCUUCUGCAUCCUUUCCAAGAGAAGAUUCCCCCUGGCAGAUGAGCAUGGCUUCUGGAACUUUCCUGUCCUUCCCACGUGUGGCACUGUUUCUGUUCCACAGGUCUGCCAUGUGUUAUACCAGGAGGACAGGUUUGACUGACUUGAAGUAAACGCUUGGGUCCCUCGGGACGAGGUCAGCCCAGCCUGACACAACAGGCCGAGUGUGGGUGCAUGGGCACCGACCUCAGCUGCUAGGAGCUGGCCACCUACCGCCUGGGCAGCGUCCUGGCGUCCUGAGCUCUCCUGGCCCUCAAGGACGCUUGUGCAACCCUUCACCACCAAGCUCUGCUUCCCAGGUGCCCCCAUCUCCCAGUAACCUCCCCCAGGCCCAGGGCCCCACAUCAGAGCAGUCAUGUCUAAAAUGCAGCUCCCCACCCAACCCAGACAAAAUUUUCCAGGAGGUGGGCUCCCCGGAGCCAACUGAUUGUUGCCUGGCAAGCAGAGCUGGGCUCUCCCCACCCUCCAGCCCUCUCAGCACAGGGUGGCAGGGGAAGCUGAGGCAGUACCUCUGUCCUGCGCUUUGCCUCCACCCACCACACAAAGGUGGCAUCCAGAGCCCAGCAGGGCCUCUGCCAGGUGCCUAGGUCAGACUACGGUGCCCAGGGUAGAGGGGUGUUUGGUUUCUUUUUUAAGCAAGAAAAAAAAAGUACAAUGAACGGCCUCUUUGUAAAUGGGUUUCCUCUCUGUAUAAGACCCUGACAGGUCCUUGUUUUUACAUGGUCAUGCUGUGUGAUUCUGAGAUGUUACUGAGAUUCUGAACAUAAUGUGCUUUUUUUUUUUCUGUACAGAAUGAAACGGGAGAAUUUAAUAAAGAGUUUGCAGGUUUUUA